AUGAGUAGCACAUCGUCAACUUCCAUAUCAGGCAAUGUGGUCACGGGAUCUACAAUAUCACAAAAUGAAAGGCCUUCGCUUUAUAGGCGGCAUUCACCUUUGAGGAUAAACGAGUUGGUGGACAACACAUCCGAUUCGCAGGUGGAGCAGACCUAUCAGGAUACAGGGGCGGUAAGCGUAAGCAUGCCGGAUAGUGCGCAUGCAGAAAUUGGCAGGGCAGAAGACAUAGGGGAUAGUCGAAAGCAAGGAGGUGGUGCAGGAUCCAGUUUGCUUUCUUCAGCAUCGAGCGAGACGUUGGUUACACGAAGUCCGAGUGGGCGCGACUGUUUGGUAAUGGAUGGAAGUGGUAAAGUGAUGGCUGAAAGUGGAAAUGUGGAGGAUGGAAGUGGCAAAGUGGUGGAUAAACGCGGCAACAUGGUGGAUGAAAGUGGCAAAGUGGUGAACACAGAUAGCAAUAUGGUUGAUGACAGCAGCAACAUGGUGGAUAAAAGCAGCAACACCAUCGAUAACAGUACUAUUUUGGACAAAGUGACGUCGCAUCCGUUAAUCACAAGCUCAAUCAACUACAUGCUCGAGCGCACAAUUCACACUUCAAGCUGCUACUUGAAAGCGGCACCAGGCAGUGGGGGUUACCCGGAGAAACCCUGCGAGCCCCACGACCCCAGCAUCGAUGUUUCACAGAGUGUCUGCGGAAAAACACAAGACACAAAUCGUGCCAAGUACAUGGAGCAUGCAAAACGGUUGAGGAGCAGCGUAAACACGUUUGAAAGCACGGGCUUGGCAACGGCCAAACGUCCGAAACUCUCAACGGUCAAACAGCGGGGGCUUCUCACUGAAAAUAAGCUCCCUCCACCGAUUCCGACUGGAUACGGCGUGCCGUGGGCCCAGCCGACGGUUUUGCCGAGGAUGGCCGGCAGCUUACGUCAGCAGGUGACGGUGAACUCGGCGAUUUCCGCUCAAAGGUCGCUUCAGGACUUGACGGAGCUCAGUGUGAUAAAUCUCAACAUUGAGAGCAGGCGUCGGCUGGAGAUGUUGAUCCAUUUUUUGAAGUUGGGAAACGGUCAGUUGAGCGAGCGAAUCGAGAAUCUUAUUCGGCAGGUGGAGAGUGUAAGCAGAAAGAGGGAGGGUGUGGAUGUUGGAGCGAAAAAGAGGCAGAGUAUCGAUUCUACAAGCAGCAACAGGAAAAGUAUCGAUUCUGCAAGCAGCAAUGGUGGAUUGUAUGGAUUUUCUUCGGGAACAGAGAACUCAGAUGAAGCCAGUUCCAACGAUGAGGGAUACAGCCAGUUCAUCUCGGACGAUUCGGUGCAGCAGAUCAAAAACGACAUUGUGGCAACAGUGAAGAAAAUCGUCAGUGUGGUUUCGAAAGUGUCGGCAAGCUCUCUGUCGGAACCUGCUCGGUCCAACGUGCGUGAGGCACUUCUAAAGCUCCCUAGCAACUGGGCGACAAUGUUUGAGCGGGAAAAACGGCACGGAGCAGCGGAAAACGGACUCUCAGACGAUGAGGAUAAUUCAGGCUGUGCAUCGUCGGAAAACGAGCUUGAUGACUCCAGUUCUGUGGACACAAGCUCCGUCGAUACGCGGUACGAGGAUUCGAUGGAGUUCCAGAAGGCAGACGGCGAGGAUUCGAACCCCGGGGCCGGCAGCAGGAGUUUGGCGACUCCCAGCCUCUUUUCCAACUUGUUCCGGUACAAAGGAGGACUAAGCCGCGGAUCUGUGGCCUCCACGAGGGCAAGGAGGUGGCUCCGGCGGAAAAUCCGAAGCCAGAUGUCGUACGAUACCAAUGGCAAGGUUUUGGUGUUGGCCCAGGAGUCGUUGGACAUGAUCAACAAGAUCAUCAAGUUCUGCAACGAGAAUUUGGACAAGGCCGAGACCUGGAACUCGUCCAAGCAGGACCAGCAGAGGGAGAACUUGAGGAACAAGCUUGAGGACAUGGACUAUGUGUCGACUCCUGGCCGGAGGGGGGGAGACUAG